CCCAUGCGACUCCCCGAAAAAUGUGAACUGCCAUGGAUUCUGCUCGCUUGGUCAUCAUUCUCUCUCGCUUCAUAGCAUACUCUCUCCUCCAAUCCUCACUUCUUUAUCCUCUCACUCGCAAUUGCAUUUCCACUCAUGUCAGACAAGGAACUCCUUGCGCAAAUCGCACAGGUCGCUAGUGCGAUCAACAAGCAUAUGAACUCCACACAUCCGGCGGGACCCCCGGCAUACGGCUCGGCAAGAGGUGGGUACGCUGCACGAGGACGUGGCCGCGGCAGAGGUGUCCCCAUGCCGCCUAUCAGACCAUUCAAUCGGACACUCACUUUGAACAAUACCACAACGACGCCAGCCUUACCAGCACCAGGACUUCGAUCGACACCGGCCCCAGUUCCAGCACCGAUUGCGAAGCCUUCGGUACGGCCCCCUACACCAUCUCGCCAUCUCAGUUUGAUCAACAACAAGACUACUCCAAGCCCAGGAACGACCUCCACAGCAUCAUCACCAAGGCUCCAAUCUAGCUCGACCCUUGCAACAGCAACCACAGCGCCUGCGAAAAUUCCAGUUACAGCACCGUCAACUGGCUCAGGGCAACAGUGGAUUCAGUCGAAAACCAAGAACAUGUCUCUGAUGAACCCCGAAUCGUACAAGAAGACUAUGGCAGCAAAAGAAAAGUCCAUUCGAACUUCCAAAGAAAGAAAGCUUCAGUUACUGAAAGCUCGGGCGCAGAUGGCGAGCGAUCGUCGCAAGGGCAUAGUGACCGUGAACGGGAAGAAGUAUAGCAAGAGCGCGGAUGGACGCAAACUUGUCAUGAGGGAUUCUACCAAGGACAAUAUUGUUAUCAACGGAGUCGCCUUCGAGAUGGAUCCAAGAGGCAAUAAAUUGGUCCGCAAGUCAGCAUCAAACGGCGCUUCCUCGCCUUCAACGAUGAUAUUAAAGCCAGCGUCGAAUAUUACAUCAGGCUCAGCUCCAGGAUCGACACCAAAGCAAUUCUCUGUUGGCGGAGUCGUCUAUGUGCGGACGACGAACGGGAAUCUUGUGCGAGCGACGUUAGUUAAGGAUCAGCUACUCAAAAAACGGGCGACACAAGAAGCGCUGAAAAAGAAAAAAUCUGCCCCGAAGAAACCACGACCCUUUUGCAAGUUCUUUACUCGUUUCGGGUUAUGCAAUAUGGGACAUGCAUGUCCAUUUAUACAUUCCAAGGCUCAUCUCGCCAUUUGCAGAAAGUUUCUACGUGGGAUUUGUCCCGACACGGCCGCCACCUGCAAAUUAUCGCACACGCCUUCGCCCCACACGACUCCUGCUUGCCUACACUUCCAACGCGCAGCCUGUACGAAGGAUGUUUGUUUGUAUUCUCACAUCAGGAUCAAUCCACAGGCACCGAUCUGCAGGCCGUUUGCGACAGAAGGUUGGUGCGAGCUAGGAGCCAACUGUAAGAAUCGUCAUGUUUGGAUCUGCCCUGACUUUGGUACCCCUGCUGGUUGCAAGAAGAAAUGUGGACUUGCACAUGUAGCCAAUGGCGGGAUCAGACCCAAGCGCAGUGUGGAAGAAAUUGAAAAGGAAUUGAAGGAGCGAAGAGAGGCAGGUGGCAGCGACAGCAUGACUCUGAAUAGGAAACGUGCCACGAACAGGUUUACUGGGCGUUACAUGGAAGCUGUUCAGAGCCAGAAUCAGGAUCAAGAUCAGAAACAGAAGCAGAAGAGCAGUUCAGAGACAAUGCCGUUUGAUGAAAAUUUUGUUGCAUUCGAUUUCACUGACGAUCAAGAGCAGGCAGCGAUGAUGGAUGUGGAAGACGAUGAAAAUGAGGUGAUGGGUGAUUUUGAGGCUCAACAAGAUAUGGAGGUGGAUGAAGAGGAGAAUGAAGAUGAGGAUGUCAGUAGCGACGAAGUGGAAAGCGACGGAGUUGUUUCUGAGGAUGAGGAACAGGAGCAGGAGGAUGAGAUGGACGAGGACGAGGAUGAAGAUGAAGAUGAAGAUGAGGACGAGGAUGAGAACCUUGACGAAGAGCUCAGGAGCUAUUAUGAAGAGCAGGACAGAGACGAUGAUGAUGACCAUUAGAGAUCAUGGGGUGUUCUUGAUACUAUCGCUUUCGAUCCAGCAAUAGUUAUUUGUACAUUCAUCAGCAUCGGCAUGCGUUUGCACAGCCUCUUUUUUUAUCCGUUUAUAUGUAAACUAGAUUAGUCCCCUCCCCUCUCC